AUGCUGCCAGGAGAUGCAGUGGAGGAUUUUCCUGCUUUGCAGUGGGAUGAGCUUCCGUGGGUGCCUGCUUUACCAAUGGAAAUGACAAUGGGGAUGGGGGAGGUGGCGGCACAGGGGGAUACUGCAGCCUGCCAUCCUCUGGCGCGCCCCACUCCUCCCCAUCCCUCAACACUCACAGCGUGCGGAGCACAGGUAGCAGCAGCAGCAGCAGCAGCAGCAGCAGCAGCAGCAGCAGCAGCAGCAGCAGCAGCAGCAGCAGCAGCAGCAGCAGCAGCAGCAGCAGCAGCAGCAGCAGCAGCAGCAGCAGCAUCUGUGCCUGUGCCUCUUCAGUCGCGUCACUCGUUUGAAGCGGCGCAGAAAGCAUCAUAUGACGCGCAGCCAGCCGCGUCGCCAGCCGCGUCGCCAGCCGCGCCGCCAGCCGCGUUUUUCCAGACGUCUCAAAAGGCGUCUCAGGAAGGGUAUGAAGCUGUGCGUGCAACAACUCACCGCAAGUCACCAAGCGUAUUUGUGGCGCCUCAAAAGGAAUGUCAAGACGCCGCGGUCCGGUCUCUUGAACCGCUACGCUCGUUUGCAGUGCCUCAGCAAGGGGUUUCAACACAUCAGCAAGGGGUUGUUGCAGCAGCAGCAGCAGCGGCGCCAAGACCGUCUCACAAGUCACUGCGCCCUGCCCUGUCCGCUGCACCUCAGCACGGGGUUGCUGCUGCUCCAGCUGCAGCAGCAUCCAGCGCACAGGGCGUGCCUCACAAGUCACUCCGCUCGGCCUUGUCUGCUGCCCUCGCUCACAACCGGAUGAUACUGGAGCGGCACAGCAUGCGCAUGCUCGCUCACUCGCAAACCACGUACCGGCCCAACCAGCCGUUGAGCCUCAAGAGAAGCUGCUGGGAUGGGCAUGCUAACGCUGAAGGAAAUUAUGGGUGCCACGGUGGGGGGUAUGGAGUGCAUGGGCGUGGUGGGGAGCGUGCAGAGGAUGGGGAUGAUAGGGGAAGCUACACGGUUCUAAAUGAAGGAGGGGGGCAGGAUGGGAGUUAUGGUGAGGGAUACGGUGAGGGGCAUGGUGGGGGGCAUGGUGGGGGGCAUGGUGGGGGGCAUGGUGGGGGGCAUGGUGGGGGGCAUGGUGGGGGGCAUGGUGGGGGGUAUGGGGUUGACGAGGGGAGUUUGAAGGUGGUGAAUGACACGAGGGUUGAAGUGCGGUGGGGCAAGUCGACUGGUCGACUGGUCACAACUCACCCGGGCAAGUCAGUGCAGUGGUUAGCUGCAAAUCUUGAGGGGGGAGGGAAGCGGCGGAAGGGAGGGGUUGAUGAAUAA